AAGGGGCUAUAUAAGCAGCUGCGCCGCCAGCUCUCAGCGUACAUCGUGCUGGGACUUUGAAACAUUGUGCUGCCUUUGCACUCAUUGAGGACCGAACAAAAUGGCAUCAGAUGAGGGAAAGCUCUUUGUUGGUGGACUGAGUUUUGAUACCAAUGAACAGUCACUGGAGCAAGUCUUUUCUAAAUACGGACAGAUAUCUGAAGUGGUCGUGGUGAAAGACAGAGAGACCCAGAGGUCCAGAGGCUUUGGGUUUGUCACUUUUGAGAACAUAGAUGAUGCUAAAGAUGCAAUGAUGGCUAUGAAUGGAAAGUCUGUUGAUGGGCGUCAGAUUAGAGUUGACCAGGCAGGUAAAUCAUCCGAAAACAGAUCCCGUGGAUACAGAGGGGGUUCAUCAGGUGGCAGAGGCUUUUUCCGUGGAGGCAGAGGUCGGGGGGGCCGUGGCUUCUCUAGAGGAGGUGGAGACAGAGGCUAUGGAGGAAGCAGAUUCGAUUCCAGAAGUGGUGGAUAUAAUGGGUCUAGAGACUACUAUAGCAGCAGCAGGAAUCAAGGUGGCUAUGGUGACAGGUCUUCAGGAGGGUCCUACAGAGACAACUAUGACAGUUACGCUACACACAACGAGUAAAAAUCCUUCCUGACUCAAGAUCGUCCUUCCAAUGGCUGUAUUUAUAAAGAUUUUUGGAGCUUCGCUGAAAUCGUUAUUGUGUAGUACAUCUACUUGUAUUUUCACUUUUGUAGUAUUAUCAGUUCUGAUCUUGUCAAACACAGCCUGACAGCUUCUGAUAUAAGAUGGUCUGAUUAGACUUUUCUUUAAGAAAGCUCUGUUUCCAAGUGUUUUUAAUCUUUUUUGAAAGCACUACGGAUUUUAUUUUAUCCUCUGUGAUAAGCCAAGGUGUUUUUUUAAAAGUUGUGAAGUUGGGGCCCUAAUUCAGUUUUUUGAGAUAGAAAAGGACCUUUAAUUCAAUGUUCACUGGAAGCUGAACAAGCUGUGGACUUUAUAUUUUUUUUUAAAGUGCAUUACCUUCGUCUCUUGUAACAUUCCUUUAGUGUAGCAAGGUAGGCAUGCAGCCUGGGUGUAAAUUGGAAGGCAAACCACCUUGAUAUACUUAAAGAGAAACUUGCUUGUAUGUUCAACCUGCAUAACGGUAUUUUUACUGUAUGAUGUAAAUUACCCAGAAAUAGACUCUCGCAAACUUACCAUAAAAGAGGUUCUUGAAAAUGUUUAUUUAUAUUGUCCUUUUUUUACUGGAAGAAAUAUGCAUAUUCCAUUGAUAUUGUAUUUGAAGUGGUAAAGGAUUCUUGUAUACAGUUUUCUUUGGCUUUACGAAGCCUAUUAAAAGACCGUCUGAAAUG